AUAAUAUUAAGAACUAUCUUUAGAUUCUUUCACUAAAGUUUACAAAAUAUGUCGUGAUUUGAAAAUCCCUGACAGCACCUUUAAUCUUGUUUUAGCCCUGUAACCAAAUUUCUUUUUAAUGUGACUUUUAUUUUGAAAGGUUUUAUCCCGCCCGCAACCGGAAGUAGCUCAUGGUGGUUACUCUGGGCGGGUUUACGGGUUUACAUUGCAGUAAUGAGCAGAGAAAGCAGAAGGAAGUCAUAAUAAUAAUAAAAAACUUCUCCUUGUAUUGUUUUCUGGACAUUAUUGAAUUAUUGGUAUUAUUUUCAGGAGAAGACGCACAGUUGUCCUGAGGUGUAUGCAGAUGGCGCUUUUGGGAGGAAUGUGUCGGUUUGUUCGGUUGUCUAGGAGCAGCAGGCAUGUCGGUUGGUGUGUUGGAGCGUCUCUCAGAAGACAAUCUACUGCCAGAGCUGCUUCUGCUUUGGCCACUCCAUCCAGUCCAAAAACACAGGACAAGAGAAAACCCAAGACCGGCAUCCUCAUGCUGAACAUGGGGGGGCCGGAAAGACUCGAAGACGUUCACGACUUCCUGUUACGACUUUUCCUGGACAAAGAUCUGAUGCAGCUUCCUAUCCAGCAUAAACUCGGACCGUUCAUAGCCAAACGCCGCACGCCCAAGAUCCAGGAGCAGUACAGUAAAAUCGGAGGAGGAUCUCCCAUCCGAGCCUGGACCACCAUGCAGGGAGAGGGCAUGGUCAAACUCCUGGAUGAGAUGAGCCCUGAAACUGCUCCUCACAAGUUUUAUAUCGGCUUCCGGUACGUGCGCCCGCUAACGGAGGAGGCCAUCGAGGAGAUGGAGUCGGAUGGAGUAGAGAGAGCGGUGGCUUUUACUCAGUAUCCUCAGUACAGCUGCUCCACAACAGGCAGCAGUUUGAAUGCUAUCUACAGAUACUACAGCAGCAGUGGACUGAGUCCUAAAAUGCGCUGGAGUGUGAUUGACAGGUGGCCCACACACCCUCUGCUCAUCGAGUGUUUUGCUCAGCAUGUGCGUAAGGAGCUGGAGAAGUUUCCUCCUGAGAAGAGAGACGACGUGGUCAUUCUGUUCUCCGCCCACUCGCUCCCCAUGUCUGUGGUGAACAGAGGAGACCCGUAUCCUCAGGAGGUGGGAGCUACAGUGCAGAGGGUGAUGGAGAGGUUAGCCUACUGUAACCCGUAUCGUCUCGUCUGGCAAUCGAAGGUGGGCCCAAUGCCGUGGCUCGGUCCACAGACGGAUGACGUGAUAAAAGGUUUGUGUAAAAGAGGGAAGAAGAACCUGCUGUUGGUUCCUAUCGCCUUCACCAGUGACCACAUAGAGACUCUACACGAGCUCGACAUCGAGUACUCGCAGAUCCUCGGAGAAGAGUGUGGGGUCGAAAAUAUCAGAAGAGCAGAGUCUCUCAAUGGAAACCCGCUGUUUUUUAAGGCAUUAGCGGAUUUGGUUCAGACGCACCUGAAGUCCGAUGAGCCGUGCUCUCGGCAGCUCACCCUGCGAUGCCCUCUGUGCAUGAACCCCACUUGCGGGAAAACCAAGGCCUUCUUCGCCAGCCAGAAACUCUGAUCUGUUCACGUCUUGCCUGUGAUCCUUCGUGCCUGGGAGGAGCGUCUCACGGGACCUGUCAAAAACAAAAUAGCAACAAACAGAAACCUUACAGAACCCAAAGCCCAAUUCUGGAGUGAGGCCGGGCGUAUUGUUCAGUUCAGUUCCGGGUUUACAUCUGCGCUUUAACACGUCAUUUCUCCACCAGGCCGCUGUUCUGCUGUAGUGACCAAUCUUAAAAAGCUCAUUGCACAUAAGUGUCUCUUUAUUAUUAUUAUUAUUAUUAUUAUUUAUUUAUAUUAAAGUAUUGGCGCCCUUGGCUGCAUUUGGUCUCGUCUACGCGCGACUCAGAUGAAACCGAUCGUAUUUGUGUGGUUACCUGGGAAACCACGACACGCUGAAAUAUGAAGUGUAAUACAGAAUGUUUGUCUAUUAAAUGCUGCAACAGAUGAUAUCUUAGCAAGUGAAAAUAUCUUGAAUAUGGGAAGAUUUAUCUAAUAUUUCUUAUUCUGAGCUCAUUACAAAUUAAAUGUAAGAUGAUUCAGCUUGUUUUUUUUUGUUUUUUUUAACCUUAUUUUUACUUAAGCUUUAGACGUUCUUACUUUAUUGGCAGAUUUACUUUGCUUCUUUAAAAUGUUUACAAUUCAUAGAAUGCUUAUCUGCCACUAGAACAAGAUGAUUUCAAGCUCGAAAUGAGUCAAAUAGGCCUAGAAAUAGGUUUAAUCAUCUUUAUUUGCUUAAUUGUAAACUUAGAAUAGGAAGUACUAGAUACAUGCAGCCGUAUUCAAGAUAUUUUCACUCGCUAAGUUGCAGUGAGUGAUCUCCGCGCUAAACUAAGUGCUGAAAUGAUCGCUGAUUCGUUCAGUAAGUUUUGUUCUGUCGGCUAAAUUGAUUAGCGUUUAAAAGU